AUGAACUGUAUUGAACAGAAAAAAAGUGAUACUCUCGACUUCUCACCUAAAACGAGGCCAAAAUCACAGAGCUUUAAGGAUUUUAGAGAUCUUGUAUUAAGAAGAAAUAUUCGGAAACGUUCUAUGGCAAUUACUGUUGAUGCCAAAUCCUGUGAGACUGAUUUGUUCCAACUAAAUUCUUCAGCUUUUCUUGGUACUCAUCCAAGAACUCGUUCAUUUCUCUGGGAUUUCCGAAAGUUUUUUUCCAAAAAUAAAACGUCUGUUGAAAGUCUUUCGACAAAAUUGAAAUCAGCUCAAAAUAUUCCAAACAUUGAUAAGUAUUCAUGUGAAUCAGUAGUAGUCAAACACAGAGGAAAAUCGCAAUCAUGGUCCCAUUAUGAAGCACAAAAUAUGCGUCAGAAAUUGAAAAAAACCACGGAAUUACGGGAAGUCAGGACAUCAUCUAAUAUUUAUUUACCCGUUCAGCAACUGCAAAGUGAUGAUGAUGAGUGUGUAAACGAGAUUAUCAGCAAAAUUCCAAGACAUAGAAACAUGAAUACUUACGAAGUACGGUCUAGGGAUUGUCGCUUUCUCAUUCAAAGUCAUAAAGAGAUGAGACGCUAUAUUUUCUUUAUAUGGAUUCAUUUCAGAUUUAGAGCAGUAUUUUAUGUGAUUAAGAUUAAGGACGUUUUCCUUUGCUUUCUCUUGCCACCAUCCUGA